AUUUACGACAUCUGCUAACACGUACUUGUGAAUAUAGGGCCUAUUUAGAAAAUUCUUGUACAUCAAUAAACAAUAAUUUCUUUUGAAAUAACUAUUAGACAGCCGGUUGCGAUGUUUGUGGAGUUAAUGGGAAUUUAUUGAGAUUUUAUUUUUCUCUUCAGUUAUAGGAUGCGAUUUAUUUAUUUUUUUUUUGUUUAUAUUUUUUCUUGUGUCAAUAUUGUGGAUAGUAAGACGACGUUAGGAACGUUUAAUAGUUUUACAGCACAAGUUGAAGGGGGACAAUAUAUCUCUUCCUUUUGUUUCCAUGGUGAUGCAGUUCUACGUUAUAGUUUAAAUACUACAGGUAACACACCUGUUUAUAUUUACCUGUACCUUAACGAAGAUUGGCGAGAUGCUAGACAAGAUGAUAAUUGUUUACGUCAACUUAAUAAAGCAAGACUUGUUUAUCACCUGAAUGCCACGAAGGGAAAUUUAAGUGUAUCUCACUUUGUGAAACCACGUAUAUGGCAUGUUGUUUACAGUGAUGCGUAUACCUGUGAUGUAGACAGACCACGAUCUCCGCUAGAACAACCAAACUAUGUCCAGUAUAACAUCUCUUUCUUUAAUCCGGAUUCUCUCGGCAAUCCUACAGAACAUUUCGGUGAUGAUGAAACAGGAUUGUUGAGAUUCUAUCAGCUGUUAACGUUGGGAUAUUUUGUAUUAGCGUGUAUAUUUGCACCAAGAUUGUACCAGACACUAAGUAAAGGCGGCCCGAUGCAGCUUGUUAUACAACUUCUCACUACCUCUGUAUGUUUACAAUCUGUUGGUGGAUUUCUAAUGAUGCUUCAUUUACGUAGUUAUUCUAAAGAUGGUAUGGGAUCACCCUUUAAAGAACUUCUAUCAGAAUUAUUUGAUGUUUUAUCGCAGUUUGCCAUGUUAUAUAUGUUGUUGAGUUUGUCGUUAGGAUGGACGUUGGCCAGCGCACAUUGUCGUUAUACCCAUCUUUCCGUUAUUAGUAAAAAACCUGCUGCGAAAGUUGUUGGAGUUCUGGGUAUUUUACAGGGUUUUUUGUUUUUAUCUGAACAGUAUGAGGAUCGAGGUCAUCGAAUGUUUCAUGCUCACAGAAGUUACGCAGGAAUAUCAUUAGUUGUAUUACGUAUUCUAUUGGCUGCCUUAUUUGCGUGGAAUCUUCAUUCAACAAUAGCAGCAGAACGCAGUUCACUCAAACGAGGAUUUUACGGAACUUUCACAAAGUUAUGUAUGUUAUGGUUUCUGUGUUUUCCAUUUGCUGUAGCCAUUUCUUGGAUUAUUCCCGAAUAUCUCAGGUUUAAGUUAAUUACGAUGGGAGUUGUGUUGAUACAGUCGUUAGCCGGUGCGUUAUUAUAUAGACUCUUUCUAUCCAGAUCUCUCUAUUGGGAGGUGUCCGCAUUAUCCAGUACUUUACCGUUACGCAUGGACAGAAACUUUGGCAUCAAACUCUACUCCUGAUGACCGUCCUUGGAUUUAGUUUGUGAGAGUAAAAUCAAUGGAGAGGAUCGUCCAGGAUUUUAGAAUAUUUUUUAGGUUUUGGUUGGGGAGUUGUGAGAUUGAAUUAAUGAAGAGUUUAGACGACCGCCUUGUGCCCCGAUGUGUUCUGAUUCUAAACUAUUCUCUUUUUUUCUGUUGUUUCAAAAGUCGUCUAAUUACAACCAACAUGUUACUGAAGAACCCAGUUGGAACAGAACAGCAGAACUUUAAACUGGUUAAACCCCACUGAAAAACAAAAUCGUCUGUUGAUAUCAGAAAUAUCAGGAGUUCAUGAUUUGUGUGAACAGGCUAUGGAGGAGGGGGGGGGUGGGGAGGGGAUGUGAAAUGGGAUAUGGAUAUAUAUUUUGAUGCUUGUAUUUUCUGGGACCCUCAGACGGUCCCUUUAUACCUGAAUAUGACCUCAUUUUUCGAAGUUUCAAGCCGUUAUCUGGAGAAAAACUGUGGUUAGACAGACAGAAGAUAUCUACAUAUAGAUGUAUCAUCUAGUAUAUUAUUAUGAUUUAUGUUGAACAUAUCAGAUUCUGUGAAUCAACAACUGCUGGAUCAGCCUCUUGGAUCACUAUUUACAAUUUUUAUAGUUCUGGAAAACUACAAUCAAUAAACAAUGAUAACUGAGAAGCCUGUCAUACACUGUAACACUUAUUUAAUUAAAGUAAUUUCUUGUGAUAAUAAUACAGCUCCUGCAUUCUGCAAACCAAGCACCAAAGAGUUUCGGGACAUCUUCAGGGCUAAAUCAAAUUCUCUGUUGCGAUUGUUCGAUGCCAGGCAAUCACAAAUGGGAACAAUUCAAGGCCCUAAAGUUGAUCUAUAAAUAAAAACGCCUGGCACGUGAGUCCAAUCAGUCUGAAGAGUUCAAGAUGAACGAAACUAGUCACUGACACCCAGGAUAACCAGCUGUUCAUAGUCACUAUUAUUUCUUAUUUUGAUUUAAACACUGAUCGAACAGUUGUUGUUUGUUGAAGUUGUUGUAUUGUCAUAGAAGAUGUUUAAAGUAACAAUGUGUCAUUUGAAUUUCUCGUUAAAAUAUCAAAUUUCUCACGGCUUAAUCCACACUUAUAUGUACUCAGAUUGAUUAUUUAACAUUAAAAAUUUAAAAUACCAAUGCUUGGUAAUCUCCUGGCUUGAAUUCAACCAAGCAGCAUAGAUCGACGAAAUUUCAAUUUAUCAUAACUUUGCAAAUACUGAUCGGAAUUGAACUGUUAUUCAUUGGACAGAUAUUCCUAAUUAGAGAUUAAAUGAAGAGCCCCAGGGAACAACAAUCUAAGCCACUCUUUCAACGAGCCCCAAUUAAUAGCGCCAUCUGGUAGCAAAUUGUAUAAGCUUUCUGUAUCAAUUUCAGGUAAAAACAAUCUGAGUCACAUCGAACCAAGGCCCUCCUGAAAUGGCCUCCUGGACAAAUACGUCCAUCAUACCCUUUAUUUGACCUUAAUUUGGCUGAAAAGUGGAAGUCUGUUGUUGUACUGGUAAUUAUGAUUCGUAUUAAACAUCAUUUCUAAGUUGUAAUUAAACCCACUUGUUGUUCUGUUUGCGUCAAGCAUUCUCGUCCAAAAGUCUGUUUUGCCUUUUAAGCGAAAAGACGUGACUUACAUCGUUCUUCCCCUGAACUCUUCAGAUACAUUAUGGGAGAUUAGAUAAAGAGCUGGUAGUUCUCACUAUAAUACUUAAGAACUAGAUAAUGUAAAGGGAAUUUGCUGAAAAUUUCAGUCAAAUUGAUCCACUCUGAACUGAGGAUUUAGCGAUUGAAUUUUGGGCCCAGCCUCGAUCAUCAUUACUAAAGUUGGUACGAUAAAAAACAUAAGUCUCGUUUAUCCAUUUUUUUAUUUGAUCAGAAGCAGCAGACCGUGUUUUAAUUCAGUAAAUAUCGCAGCCUAGCGGUGGCAUUGAGAGUUGAUUAUGGUCGGGACAAGUUGAUAAAUGUCUAAUUAAUAAUUUAUAUAACAUUUCAGGCCUAAAGAAAGAUCUGCAAUUGGCAGAUUUAGCGUUUGCAUAAUGUAUGUUUAACAUAAAUGUAUGAGUAUCCAGUUUUACAGGAAUGUAUGAUUAUCCUUUAAAAUAAAAACAGUCAUGUGUCCCUUUUUAAAUGACGCAGGAUAAUCUGAAAGAGAGAGAGAGAUGGGGUUUAACAUACACUCGACACAAACUAGGUCAUUUCAGGACUAACAUGUUCUAUUUUAUUUCAAUAAUUCGCUUGUGCAUAAGGGUCUUUAGCAGUGGGAGCAAACCGGUGGACCCGGAGAAAACCCAUGAAGUUGGAAGACAAUCCUACUCCUUGGGGAAGGGAUAAUCUGAGAACUAGAAUAUUUUGUACAUGGUGUAAGAUAUCAGUUAUAUUCUGUCUCUAGAGUUAGAUCUGUUAUGUAAUAUAUAAAGUUAUAUGAAAAGUUAAAUACACAAAUAUAUAAAGGUUUUUGAAAAAAAAGAACUACAUUAUUUGUCGAUACUAGCACUUUCGCUUAUUUUUUUAUUUAUAAAAAAAGCUAAAGUGCUAGUAAUGAACAGUUCUUUGUUAAAAAACUUUUAUAUCUUUGUGUAUAAAGUUAUAUAUAUAUAUAUUAGUUAUGUAUUUCUAUAUGAGAAUAUCAAUAGCUUUGUUUUAUAUAUGAAAUAUAGAAUAAACGACAUGUUGAUCA